AUGAAGCUUACUUGUGCUCUUCUCGUUGCUGGUGCUUACGCCAAGUGCGGCAACUUCGCUUGCGUCAACGAAAUCUCCGCUUCCGGCUGCUCCGGAACUUGCAACCAGGACGGUUACUGCAGCGCUGGCGGCAAGACCUGCUCCGAGCGACUUGCCUCCAACGAUUGGACCAACCUCCGAAAGUACCAGUCCCAGACCCGAGCUGCUGGUACCGCCAAGCGAAUCGAUCACAACAUCCUCGGUGGCAUCAUCUCCCGAGAGUCCCGAGCUGGCGCCGCUCUCCAGACCUGGAACGGCCAAUUCGGCUGGGGUGAUUGCUACGGUGGCACCUGCUACGGCUUCGGUUUGAUGCAGAUCGAUCGACGAUACCACAACCCUCAGGGAUCCUGGGACUCCCAGAAACACAUUGAGCAGGCCACCCAGAUCCUCAUCGACACCAUCAACUGCGUCGGCCGAAACCACUCUGGCUGGACUCUUGCCCAGAAGACCAAGGGUGGUGUUUCUGGAUACAACGCUGGAUGCGGUAACGUCCAGACCUACGACGGCAUGGACAUCGGUACCACCGGAAACGACUACUCCAACGACACCUGCGUCCGAGGACAGUGCUUUGUGGAAGGCUCUGCAAGGACUUGUCCUGACCAAGAGCUUGGAGAGCUUUGUGAGAGUCAAUGUCGACUUGAGUUCUUGUCUUGUCGGGACAAUUGUGCUGACAGUCUCUGUGAAAAUCAAUGUCUGAAUACUUACUCAGCUUGUGUUAGUUCUUGCCCGUGUUUUGAUGAUUGCCCGGAUGGAUGUUCUGAUUGCCCGCAUCCAUUGUGUUUCUGCAAAGAUCCCCAAAUCAACAAUCCGACUUACAAGCAAUGCAUCGACGAGGCUGGCUCUCAGUUCAAAGAUUGUGUGAACAACUGCGUCGCGAAUAAUACUUGCUUCAAUGCUUGCCAUGAGGCCUUUUUAUCAUUUGCCUCUAAAUGCCCAUGCAUGUCUAGCUGUCCUGGCGGAUGCCCAUGUGCGGACGGCUAUCAUUGUCAACCAUUCAUGACGGUUCUCUGCGAGCAACCUGAAGGCGACAAACUUGGCUACAAGUAUAUUAUUUCUGCUGAUGGUCAUUUCAAGGAGAACAGAUAUUAUGAUACACCAGAAGAUAAAUAUUUAUCCAAUGUAGGCACUGCAAUGUUGAAUGGAGAUUUUUUUAUUUUUGGUGGUGGAAGUGAUCAAAGAAAGAUUGCCAAAAUUGCUGAUUGUGGGGUUGAAGAACUGUCUGUUAGACUCUUGAAUGACUUUAAAGAGGGAGCUAUUGUAACCGUGCCAUCAUCUCCUGAUGAAGUUUUGCUCUGUUCUGGAUUUGAUCCAUAUAUCAAAUGUGAAGAGUUCGAUGGUCAAAUUUCAAGAAAUAACCCAUUUACUCUUGCAAAUCAUCAUGUUUGGGGUUGCAUGGCGCUUGACAAUAAUUUCCCGACUAUAAUUGGUGGAGGAACAGUUCGUCAAUCUGAGUUACCGAACACUGCAGUGGUAGAAUCCUUGGGGAUCAGUGGCUGGCGACGAGAAACAGAUCAUCCGUUAGCGAUCCGUUGUAUGGGCUGUGUAUCGGUUGAAGAUGGUGUUGUUACUUUGGGUGGUUCUCAGUGGAUCGAAGGUGGCGAUAAAAUGAUCAAAAGCGUUUAUCUUUACCGUAACAAAGUAUGGACAACAGCUGGGGAACUUCAACGGAUCGGAGGACUUGGAACAACUUGUUUCUACGGAACACAUUUGUUUGUAUUUAUUGGAUGGGCAGCGAGUGAUGGGGACGGAAAAUACGCCGUCGAGAGGCUUGCAUGGAAUGGGACAUACGUAACUGAAGCAGUUGUUAUUAAUUAUGAAUAUCAAAGAUGCUGGAAUCCAGUCGUCUUUGAGACAGCUCCUGACGCUUGCACCAAUGCUUGCAAUGACUAUUGCUUUCCUUGA